AUGGACGACGAUAUUCGACGCCAGCGUUUGGCGAGAUUCGCCCAGAUUGCAGAGACAGAAGAGCGCACACUGCCUGAUACGGCCUCUCCGAAACCACACGCACCACAGCAACAGGCUCAAGCGCCAGCAAAGCCCGAAAAACCGCCGCAACCGGAACCUCAGCCUGCUCCCCAGGUUAGAAUACCGGCAAAACCAAGUCCUUCUCCUGCUCCAGCCGAUCUCACUCCUGAGCAGCUCAAAGUUUACGAGUCCAGAGCAAUUGCGUCCAUCUUGGGCGUGGCAAUGGGCGCUGUCAACAACACUAUUGAUCUCAGCGAGACUGCUCAAUUUGUAGAGGACUUCGACCCGCAGUGGCCGUUUCAACUCGCAAGCUUUGAUGUCUACAUUUUUGGCGUGCUGGGCAAAAUUAUUCACACUCCCCAGACUUUAUUCGGUUACUUGUUUUCUUGCUGGGAUAGAGCGUCUCGCAUGGCUCGAGCCGCUGCGACAGUCCCGGCGAAAUUGGAAAUCGUGGAGGGUGUUAGAGAACAAUUGGUGUACUAUGGCGCCAUGUUUGGAUGUGCAGAUGAAGGAGAGGCUAUGCACGCUGAUCUAGGUGCUGGAAUCUAUCAAGCAUCUUUCCCGCCGUGGGAUUAUAUCGAACGAAUGUUUGAGGAUGAAGACAAUGUCUUGACCAUCGCUCCAGCAGUCGUAAAGCACAUGGCUUUGCAAUUAAUGCAGUCCGGCUACAAAUCAAACUAUCACCAUAUUUUCACGUCUGUGGAGCGUUUGUUCUCCAUCAAAAUCGUUGCUCAGCUUUAUCACAAAGCAGCCCCUAUCCACGACUCUCAAGAACUCACCCCUAUGCGAUUUCUCGCCUCAAAUCCACUUCUUGGGCUGUUUUCUUUUUCACCUCUAGACGUGCCCUUUUGCAUGGCAAUCUUCCCUUCGCCCUCUACAAUGACAAGAGAACAGAUCAAUCGAGUUGUAGCAGAUACGCAACCGGAAACGCUGCUCAUUAUGAAUCGCUUGUUCAGUAUUGCCGACAAAGUGGUUCGGGGGUCCCCAGAAUCCCGCUCCUACUUGAUGAGUUUGCUCACUAAAACUCUAAACCGAAAUCGCGGGCGUAUGGCCAUGCAAGUCGACCCAAACAAAGUGCAUGGCGACGGCUUCAUGCUAAAUAUCACCUUUGUGCUUGUCAAGUUUUGUAUGCCCUUUGUCGACUUCUCGGGGAAAUCCUUGUCUAAAAUCUCAGUCGAAUUCUUCCGUUCGCCGGCAGCUCAAGAUCUUACAGAUGAAACCAGAUUGGUGGCUGAUUCAAACGAGAGUGCAGAGUGGUCCUCGAAGUCUAGUGGGGAUCCCAAUUUUGUCUCCCAGGUUUUCUUCCUGGCAGCUGGCUAUUUGCAGUAUGGCGCAGCGGCGACUAUACAAGCUGAAAAGACUUUAAAGCGACAGGUCGAAGCUUUUACUGAUCGAAUGCGUCAGGUAGAGGAGAGAGAGGCUUCUGGGCAGGUCCCUGCUCCUAUGAUUGCACGUGUCAAGCAACAAAUGCAGGCCGGACUGGAUCUGUUCAAGGCCAGGUUGGCAGCGCUCGGAUGCGUGCUACUUUCUGAGGCUGUCAUGACUCCCAUUUACGAGUUCUCAACAUUCGUACUUAUUUUCGUUAUGCAUGCAGCGCGGUCCGAGUAUCCUCCGCUGUCUAUUGUAGAUGGUGAGACUGGCGGGGAGCCAACACCUGCCUACCGCACACUACCAGAGUUUCUCGUCGAGGCUCCAGUAGCAGUUCUUGUCUACAUUAUGCAAAACAUAACUGGUAUUGUCCGCCGUGAUGUGCGCUCUGAGCAGCUCGAAGCUGUCAUAUUUUUCCUGCUGUUCCCCCAGUAUAUCAAGAACCCAUAUCUCAAGUCGCGUCUGGUAGAGCUGCCAUUUUACGGCUGUAUGGACCAACUCACUACCAUGGGUGGCUCUAUCGAGGGCUUUUUCCGCCCUGCAUUCGCGAAUCAUCCUGUCGUGCAAAGGUACUUGCUUCGAGCUUUGGUCAAGCUCUACGUUGACAUGGAACAAACAGGCCGUAGUGCUCAAUUUUAUGAGAAAUUCUCGACUCGUGAGCUCAUUUCAUACAUCAUUGACGUGUUGUGGAACUACCCUGUUUACCGCCUGCGACUAGAAGAAGAAAGCCGGGACCAUCCUGAAUUCUUUGAGCGGUUUGUUGCUCUGUUGCUCAACGAUUCUACCUACCUGUUGGAUGAAGCAUUAUCAAAACUGCAAGAGAUUCGUCGGCUACAACUCGGUGAAAAUGUCGAACGGCCGGCGAACGAAGAAGGCGGGAAUGAGGAGGAAGAAGAAGAGGGUCAAUUGGCUGCGGCUGAACGUCAAGUCAAAUCAUUUUUGCACUUGGGCUCUAAAACUGUCGACUUACUCAACCGCUUUACAUCCUCUGUGCCCGAGUUGUUCUUGAAAAAGGAGAUCAUUGACCGAUUGGCGUCUAUGCUGAACUACAAUUUGGUCGCACUUGUUGGCCCUAAGUGCCGCGAAUUGGUGGUUAAAACCCCUCAGGAAUACGGAUGGAACCCUAGAGAUUUGCUGGCUCGUAUUGCCCAGGUUUACUUGAAUUUACGGCAAAGUGACGAUUUUGUUCGCGCAUUGGUUCGAGAUGGUCGUUCUUUUAGCAUUGAUUUGUUCCAACGCGCAAGCUCCAUUCUCAAAAAACGUUCGUUGGUUUCCCCCCAAGCCAUUAAAGAAUGGGAUCAACUGACGGCUGAUGCUGAAGGUGCCCAGCAGGCUGAGAUCGACGCCGAGGCUGAACUCGGAGAAAUUCCUGAUGAGUUUUUGGAUCCCCUCAUGUAUACUCUGAUGGAAGACCCAGUUAUUCUGCCGAGCUCUCGGGUGACUAUGGACCUAAGUACCAUCAAGGCACAUCUCUUAUCGGAUCCCAUCGACCCAUUCAAUCGCAUGCCUUUGAAGAUCGAAGAAGUAGUGCCCAAUCGCGAGCUUUAUGAACGCAUCCAAGAAUUCAAACGGCAGAGAAAGGCUCUCCGUUCUCAUAGUACCACGUAG